GCUGCACUGAAAGCAAUGUUGAGAAAUGGUUCUGUCCAGAUUUGCACCCACCCCCUUUUUCUUAAUUGGCAUCAUCCGAGAAGAAGUCAGGGCGGGGCAGCGAGGAAAAGGAAGCCCGCGGACUGUUGAUAGCGUUGCUUAGCAACGGAAGACAGCAUGGAGCCGAGUGCGGGUGCUGAAUCGGAGAGUGGACAAAUUCCAGAAGAGGAAAAUAAAGAAGAUAAGAAAGAAGAUGCAGAAGAUAAAGGGCCAGAAGACAAAAAUGCAACAGAGGAAGGAGCAGCUACUACUCCCUUGAUAAUCACAGAAGAAGCAGGAAGAAUUCCUCCUACAUUGACUAUGGAAGACGAAACAGUUAGUGGCAUGGAGGCCAUUGAGAAAGAAGAGGAAAGUGCUGCUGUGAUAACCAAAGAGGAAGCAACAAAAGAUAUUCCCAUUGUGCCCACAGAAGAAAUAACAGGCGGUGUUUCCAUGGUGUCCAUGAUAGAAAGGGCAAAGGGUGCUGUUAGAACAACCUCUGAGGAUAAAUUCGCAGGACAGACGGAUAUAUCAAGUGCGUCAUUGCUUGAUGUUUCUGGAGAGAAAAGUAUGGAGAGUGCUCUUUCUAGUGAAGUAACAAUUUCUUUGCCAUCUUCUGGAAUCAGCAGUGUAAAAUCUGAAUUACCAAUGCACAUGGACCCCUCUGCAAUGUCAGAGGUCACUCAAUCAAUUGUUUUCCCUUCCCAUUUUGAUUCUGCUGUUCAGCAGAUGACUUCUGAAAUCAGUAGGCAUGGCCCCACAGAACAGCCCGAUGGAGAAGUGAUGGCAGAUCACCCUGGGCAGGAACUAGGCAUCGAAGAAAUCCAGCUGGUUGUGUUAGAUCCAGAUCAUCCUUUAAUGAAAAGAUUCCAGUCUGCUUUGAAGACUUAUCUCAACAAACAAAAAGGAAAACUUACUGAUGAAAUGCAAGAGUUGGCAGUAGCCAUAAAGAGUGGGAAAAAGCAGAGGGAAGAACUUGGUGUGCUCCUGUAUGGCUUUCAGCAGCAUUUGGCCCGGCUGCAGAUGGAAUUAGAGAAGAACCACAGUUACCAUUCUCAGGUUGCCAUGGCACGGCGGCAGCUAGAGGAGGAAUUGCAUGACCUUAGAGAUGCAUAUAAGAAGACAUUCCAUGGUACCCAGGUUGAACGGAAAACAGUUUCAUCAGUUCAAAUGGAGAUCGAAAAUCUAUCACUGCGUCUUUUCUACAUGCAGAACAUGGACCAAGAUGUCCGUGAUGAUAUAGCUGUAAUGAAGAGAACUGUCAAAAAGGCUGAAAUGGAGAGGAUGCGUGCAGAGGUGGAAAAACAAAAGCAGGACCUUUAUGUUGACCGCCUAACAAGAAGAGUUGAUGAACUAGAGGAGCAGAUUGCUCUUUAUGACGCACAGUACAUGGCUCAGGCAGAAGAUACCAGGAUCACACGGCAAGAAGUAGGAGAGGCAAGUAUAGAGAUCCAAGCUAUUAAUGUGGAGAAAAAGCAACUAUUGCACCAAUGGACUGUCAGUUUGACUGGGAUGAAGCGCCGUGAUGAGGCAUAUGCUGCCAUGCAAGAAGCACUAAGAGAUUCCAGACAUAAACUCAAAUCUUUGGAGGCUGAAAUUGAGGUCUAUAAGAAAUCUAUCACCAAGGAGGAAGAGAGGAAUGAAUUGUUGGCUUCUAUCCUGAACCGUUCAGAGAACGAUGCCAACACAAGCAGAAAGCUGAUAGCACAGAACUUGUCUAAACAAGAUGCCAUGAAAGUGGAAUUUGGCACUUACACCCGUACCCUUCAGGAGACAGAGCAGGCCCUCAAUAGGACAUCUGCAGAUCGAGCAGCUCACAUGAAUGAAUUGGUGGUUCUUCGUAGAGAACUCGAGAAAGGAUCACAAACCAAGCAGGAUAAGGAAAACGAGAUCAUGACAAAGUUGCAAGAUCAGUUGAUAUCAAAUAAAGCAGCAAAAUAUUUUUUACAACUAAGAGCUAAACUUCAAAAUACGAUGUUGACUAUGGAUACACAGCUUACCAAACUUGAAAAUGAAACGGCUCAAACCUCACUGGAUAUAACAAAUACAAAUAAUAGGCUGAACAUGUUUCAGAAGAAUCUUUCAGAACUGGAUAAGGAAUUGGAUGAGUUAAACAGCGAGAUCAGUCAUAGUGAGACUGAGAUUGCUAAACGUAACCUCCUGAUUGGACGCAAACAGGGUACUAUCAACUUGUACAAUAAGAAAUUGGAAAUGAUGAUUUCUCAACUUGGGGGACAAGAAUUGGGGCCUUUGGAAAUUGAAAUAAAAAAACUCACCAAACAAAUAGAUGAAAUGGAAUGGGAGGUAGUGAAGCUCCAAAGACACUGGAUGAAGCAACAGAGGGAAUUAGUGAAGCUUACUCAAGAACGAGAAGAGCAACUGGUUUCCUUAGAUAUGCUAAAGAAAGAAAUCACAAUCAAGGAGCAAAAGAAAGUACGCAUUGAGAAUGACAUCCAGCAGGAGAAAAAUGAACUGAAGGACAUUGAGCGGCACAUGAAGAAUAUGUCUAAUGAUCUGGUGAAGCUGCAUUUAUUGAUCAAUAAGAAUAGUGAGAAUUCUAAUGAGUUACAGCAAGGAAACACCAUCAUGGAAAAUGAAUUUGUGCGCUCCCUCAAGAUAUCAGAGAGAGAAUCAAUUGAGAUGCAAGAGAAACUGGACCGUCUCCAUGAGGAAAAAGAGAGGCUCAUCAACAGUCUAGUUGAGGCAGAAUGUCAGAUGAUGCAGUGGGAGAAGAAGAUACAAAUAGCCAAAGAGAUGCGUGCUGCAGUGGACUCAGAAGCUGAGCAGAAUGAGAUCAGAGCCAUGAAGUCAGAGAUUCACAGAAUGCAGGUAAAGUACCAACAGCUGAUGAAGCAGCAGGAGAAGUUAAUGAGAAAUAUGGAGGCAGCAGUUUCCCGCCGAGAAACAAUUGUGGUUCGUGCUGAGGGUCAGAGCAAAAUGAAUAAGCAAGUGCUGACAAAGGGUGACUUCUACUACAAGAAGUUGGAGCUUAAAAAAAAGAUCAAAGAGAUUCAGAAGAAUGCUGAGGAAUGCAACAAAACCAUAAUUCAGCUUGAACAAUCGCAGCAGAACCUCAAUUUAGCUAUUAUGGAGAAGGAGAGAAUACUUUCUGGGAUGAAUUAUGAAGCAGAAGAAUUUGAUGAAAAAAUUGAUCAAUUACAAGCAAAGAAACGGCAGAAUCUUUCAGAUAUUGUGUCCAAUCAGACACGCGUAAAGCACAUGCAGGCUGUGAAGGAACGGAAGUACAGCCUACUAUGUCGUUCUGAGCUAAUGGUCCGUGUUGAACAUCAUAAGGUGGAGGAGAGAUUGCAUACUCUUAACACCGUUCUCCAUGAGAUUGAUCAGCAAUAUCCUUAUUAUCACAAGGCAUUGCACAGAAUUACCCAAGUAAUAACUCAGAAACUGGAAGAACUGAGUGCCCAGAAGGAAGUUCAAUAAAAUAGAGCUGGACAUUUUCAAAAUAUAGAUGUGAGAAUAUUAACAUUUUCAAAAUAUAGAUGUGGGACAAGUUUGUCAGUGGAUGGCAUACAAGAAAGAGAAAGAUGGGGGAAGGAAAGGGUACCUGUGUUUUAUAUUCAAAUUUUGUUUUUCCCACUGCAAUGUGGUUUUUUUUGUCCUAAAUAAAAAUACAAGUUGGAUUCCUUAUUUUCUUAGUUCUGUUUAAUUUAGGGAUUCAGCAAACUUUCAAUUCUUAAUUGUUGGAAGGAAUGUUGAAAUUUUCUACAGGACAAAGAAUCCUUCAGAAGAACAUUCAGAUUCCAUGAGAGAAAAUUAUGGCAAAAUGUAAUGGCAGAGUUUUCCAUUUGAUUCUUCUCCCAAGGUCUUCCUCCUUUCCUGAACCCCUGCUUCCUAGACAAUGCUAAGACAGCUCCUCUGUUCAGUUGACAAGAUAAAAGCUCAUUUAAGGAAAGUUCACAUUCUCAACACCACAUGAAGAAAAAAAAUCCAAUCAGCAAUCAACAGGGGUUAAGAUUUCCUUUUUCUGGGCAAGGAUGUUCAUCCCUCAUAACAUUGGAGGACUGGUGGGAGGGGCAGGGGAAGAGAUUAAAUCUCAAUAUGGAAUGAAAAUUCUCCCAUUUUUGUUUAAAUAGCAGGGAACAGCUAGGAAGAAGGUAGCUGUAAAUUAGAUGUGCAUGAUGAUGUGCCCGUUUGCAGAUGAACUUUGGGAGAUUUUAUUGAAGAUAAUUCCGCCCUCAGGUCAAAACUAAAUAUAUACUGCUGCUUUAAGACUGAUACUUAGAUUCACAUGUAAUUUAAACCAUGGGUUGUUGGCAUAAUGGCAUCUUUAUACAUAAUCUUAAAUUGCAAUGAGUAGAUACAUACAUAUGCAAAAGGGGAAAAAGCAG